AUGCCUAGUUUUCGGGUGUUCUCUCGGGAAAGUCCUCACCGCACUCUUGCUAUAACCACGACUGACUUCGCCUUGAUCUUUAAACACAGCUCAACAGAGUCAGGGAUCAAUAAAUUAUGCAGUAGUGGCCCGCCACGCUGUUUUGUUGAGUUUGCGAGUUUACAAUCUGUCGACUUAAAAGGCUACCGAGCCUUGGGUGAUGGAUAUGGGAUCCUCGGAUUAAUUGCCUUGGGCGAGGAAGUUUUCAUCUGCGUCGUCACUGCUUCCUCAAGGGCCGCAGCGGUUAGGCCCGGGGAAACUGUUUCAAGAAUCGACAACGUUGACUUCUUUUGCCUCAAUCAUUCUGAUUAUGAAAAUGGACUUGAUUACGAGUCCGAAUCUUCCUUUGCAGCUGAAGAGUUUAACCGUGGACCUAGCUUUGAGAAUAAAGAUAUAGCUGGCGAUAAUCCUUUCUUGGCUCUGAAAAAGCUUCUUGGUGAUGGGAGCUUUUAUUAUAGCCUUGAUUUCAACCUUACCGAUCGACUACAGGACCGUUCGGACAAGUCGGCAGCUUUCGAUAUCGAAUCUCUAGAUGAGGAUAUGCUCUGGAAUUCGUACAUGAUUCAUCCACUUCUUCUUUUCAGAAGCCACCUAUCACCUAUUGAGAAGCUACGUCUCGAUUCUUCCCAGGUUCUGACGUGUGUUAUACGAGGGUUUUCUGGCACAUUGAUGAUUCCUGCUUCAGUUUCCAUCUUGCCCCAGCUGCGAACGAAUCUCCCUUCCUCAUUAACCAUCAUCUCUCGACAGUCUUCUCGACGCGCAGGCACAAGGUUCAAUACUCGAGGCAUUGAUGAUGAUGGCCAUGUUGCCAAUUUUGUUGAAACAGAGACAAUUCUUUGGAUCCCGCCUAAUAUAACGUUCUCCUACGUUCAAAUACGUGGUUCCGUGCCUAUUUUCUGGGAGCAAGCUACUGGAUUUCUCCCUGGGCAACAGAAAAUCGAGAUAACUCGAUCUAGCGAGGCGACCCAGCACGCUUUCAACAACCAUUUUGAGAGUCUUGAAUUUGAGUAUGGUGCAAUUCAUGUGGUUAACCUCUUAAGUAAGCUCAAACCCGGGGAGGCUGAGCUGUCGGCAGAGUUUUCCAACCAGAUUAGGAACAGCUCUCUUAGCCAAAAAGCUGGAUCUGGUAUCCUAUCCGAUCAUGCACUUUUACGAACGACUGAAUUUGAUUUCCACGCGGAGACCCGAGGUCCAUUGGGUUAUGCAGCUAGUAACCAAAUCAAGAGCGAAAUAUCCCAUUCUUUGGAUGGAUUUGCCUACUUUGUGUCUGAAGAUAUUGGUAUAGCAACUCGGGGUGAGAAUGAACGUGAACCGAGAAGUGCUUCUGUUGUUCUUCAACAGGAAGGCGUGUUCCGGACAAAUUGUUUGGAUUGCCUCGACAGGACUAACCUCGUACAAACCAUCAUCAGUUCCAUGGCCCUUGAAGCUUUUAUACUGCAGCAAAAUGGAAGAUUUGCCUCAGAAACCCAGCUAAGGCAUUCAACCCUCUGGGCUGAUAAUGGGGAUGCUUUGUCAAAAAUCUACGCGGGUACAGGCGCUUUAAAAAGCUCGUUUACGCGACAUGGAAAAAUGUCCAUUGCCGGCGCGCUGGCAGAUGCACGGAAAACCGCAACACGGCUCUAUGUCAACAAUUUUUCCGACAAAGCUCGCCAGAAAACAAUAGACCUUCUAUUAGGAAGGCUGACGAAUCAAUUACCGGUGCACCUUUAUGACCCAAUCAACGAUCUAGUCUCCGAUGAGUUGAAUCGACGAGCGUCAGAAUAUUCCUCUACAAGGUCUAUCAAAAUUUGGACUGGGACGUUCAAUAUCAAUGGGAGACACCGUGAGCCAGAUGUUGACCUAACGCCAUGGUUGUUAGCAGGACUUGAUACUCAAACUGAAGACCCGACUAUCUUUGCUGUCGGCUUCCAGGAAAUUGUCUCAUUAAGCCCACAGCAGAUAAUGUCGACGGAUCCUACAACUCGUAAGGCAUGGGAGCUUGCUGUUAGGAACUGUUUAAACAAGCGUGCAAGGCUAAGAGGGACUGCGGAUUAUAUCCUUCUACGCAGUGGUCAGUUGGUUGGCGCUGCACUUUUGGUAUAUAUUAGGGAAGAUGCACUGAAGGACGUCAAGAAUGUCGAGGGAAGUGUCAAGAAAACAGGUCUUUCCGGAAUAGCGGGUAACAAAGGUGGCUGUGCCAUACGCUUUGAGUACUCCAACACACGGAUCUGUUUUGUUACGGCCCAUCUUGCCGCAGGAUUCGCAAACUACGAUGAGAGAAAUAGAGACUAUGAUACCAUAUAUCACGGACUCCGAUUUCAGAGGAAUAGAUCAAUUGAAGACCAUGAUGCCAUUGUAUGGCUUGGAGAUUUCAAUUAUCGGAUUGGCCUCGGUAAUCAGUUUGUCAAGGAGCUUGUUGCGCAGAAAGACUAUCAAAAGCUUUACGAUAAUGACCAGUUAAACCUACAAAUGCUAGCAGGGAAGGCAUUUGCGUUUUAUACUGAAGGGCUCAUUACGUUUCCCCCAACAUACAAAUAUGACAUUGACAGCGAUACAUAUGAUACCUCGGAGAAAGCACGUAUACCUGCUUGGUGCGAUAGAAUACUUUGGCGAGGGUCUUGUCUUCGCCAGACGAACUAUAGUACUGCAAACCUACGAUUCUCGGACCAUCGUCCCGUUUGGGCCACUUUCUCUUGCAUUAUCAACGUUGUUGAUGAAGGCAUAAAGAGUAAACUCAGGCGUACACUCUACAAAGAGAGACGAGAUAACCCAUACAAUAUGCUCUCAAGUAAAAUAGGAAGAGUAAGUCUGGAAAGUGAGGAGCCUAUGCUACCAACGCCUAUUGCCCCUGGUCUACCACCAGCUAGUUCCGAUCAUCAUAAGUGGUGGUUAGAAAAUGGGGCGCUUGUAAAAUCAGCUCUGAGACCUCCUGAGGAUUGGUGUAGUCUUAAUAUCCAUCACAGUCCCAAUCCUUUCUCUUCCAGCAACGAUACAUAUUGGAUUAACACAGAUAAUCCCACCGAGAGACAAAACAGUAUUCCGACUCGGGAUCCUCUUCCACCAAAGCCCCAAAUUCCCCCAAGAAUUAAAGCCCAGCAUCAAUCAGUUGGCUGGAACACAAGGCCCCAACCAUCGAGUUCUUUGGGCAUAUCAGGUCAUCUCGGCUCUACUAAUACGUAUACCAGACCUUUGGGUGAUGGGAAAGCAGCACCGCCAAUACCCCGAAAGCCGGUUUCCCUCAGUUCAAGGCAAUGCCCUACUGGGGCCUGCCCAGUUAUAGACAUGCCACAAACCGUUGCUACCACGAACAACCCUAUCUUCAUUGGAUUCGGCCCCAUGGUACAGAAUCUUGAAAGCAAGGCUCACACAAUCAGUACACCAUGUAUUUCGACCAAGAGUUCGACAGAUACUGAUAAGUUUUACCUCGGCAGACAGGAGCAUGAAGUUGAGAGAAAUCUCCAUGCCAACCCACCAGCAGGAUCACGUCUGAAGUCUACGUAUGAAAACAACGGCCUUCUCGACGGAACUGUGGAAGAUAUAAUCAAUUGGAAGCCCCUUACUCCCCAAUGAUGUUAUCGUGCAGGUCACAUCGCCUCGGGCCCGGUAGAAUGAAGAAGUUAAAAAGCAUAAGCCUCAGUCAGGUUGUACGUAAUACGUAAUGUAGAAUGCAAGAUCAUAGUUAUGUUUUGCAAGGUGUUGGUAGCAUAAGAUG